UACGAACACAAUGUUCUGUCACAUACGCCUAUGAAAGACUACGGAGCCAAUCAGGGAAGUGCAGCAGUCUCUACAAACACAGUUAGACAACUCAAGAUACAGGAAGAGAAACUUAGAAAAUGGCCACAUACGCAAAGGAAAAAAUGAUCUACAUUUCAGUCGGGUUUUGGCUCAUUUUAGCUCCUGAUGUGUCUGUGAUGAACAGCAGUGUAUCUGGACAUGAAGGUGAUAAUGUCAGUGUCCAGUGUUUCUACACUUCUGGAUAUCAGAAUAAACACAAACAGUGGUGCAGAUAUAAAGAUCAGAGCUGUUACACAGUGGGGAGGACUGACACAUCCCAGAAUGCAUCAGUCCAGAUCAGUGAUGAUGGGAGAAGCUUCACUGUGUUGAUGACUGGACUGAGACUCAGUGAUUCUGGAUGGUACUUCUGCUCUGCUGGAGAGGCACUGAAUCCUGUUCAACUCACUGUAACCGAGGCAGAAGGUACAAUUUUUCAUUAAUAAAUAUUUUUCUACUAUAUUUUAAAUAAAA